AUGACAGGACCUAAGACCCCGUCUCGACUCGGCGACGUCGAGGCCCGGCUCGAAUCGGACUCCUCUCGACAGACGGCCAGCCUGCCCCCUGCGGACGCCGACGCUGCCGACGCUGCCGUGGUCUCGGAGCGCAAGGCCGGCCACGAGCAUGACGCCUAUCCAACGGGCCUCGCCCUCAUGGCCAUCCUGGGCGCCGUGGCCGUCUCCUUUUUCCUCGUCUUCCUCGAUAUGGCCGUCAUGUCCACGGUGGCGCCGGCCGUCACGACCGGGUUCGACGCGCUCACCGACGUCGGCUGGUACGCCAGCGCCUACCAGCUGGCCAGCGCCGCCUGCACGCCCAUGACGGGCAAGAUCUACAGCUACUUCCACAUCCGCUGGUCCUUCCUGGUCUUCUUCCUGAUCUUCGAGGUCGGCUCCGCCCUAAGCGGCGCCGCCGCCUCGUCCAACAUGUUCAUCGUCGGGCGCGCCGUCGCCGGCAUCGGAGCCGCCGGCCUCUUCACCGGCAUGAUGACCAUUGUGGCCAACGUGCUCCCCAUGCACAAGCGGCCGGCCAUUCUAGGAGCCAUCAUGGGCCUUGGCCAGCUCGGCAUCGCCGGCGGGCCGCUCAUCGGCGGAGCCUUCACCUCCAACGUCCACGCCACCUGGCGGUGGUGCUUCUACCUCAACCUCUGCCUCUUCCCGCUCGUCACCGUCGCCUUCCUCCUCAAUACGAUCCCCGAGGCCGAGGAGAAGCCGCCCUGGCGGAGCGUGCUCAGCACGGCCGUAAAGUCGCUGGACCUCGUCGGCUUCGUGCUCAUCAGCGGGGGCGUGCUCAUGUUCCUCUUGGGGCUCCAGUACGGCGGCAACCAGUUCGCAUGGGACAGCUCCGUCGUCAUCGGCCUGAUCUACCGCCAGGGCGACUCGGCCAUGGUGCCGUGGGCCAUGCUCCGGAGCGGCAUCAUCCGCGCGGCCUCCAUGACGAACUUCUUCAACUACGGCGUCAUGCUCGUGGCCGACUUCUACCUCGCCAUCUACUUCCAGUCCGUCCUGAACGACACCCCGCUGGAGAGCGGCGUCCACAUGCUGCCCACCACGCUCGGCAUGCUCGUGUCCAUGGUGGUGGCCGGCGGCCUCACGCAGUCGACGGGCUACUACCUCCCCAUGGCAAUCGUAGGCCCGUGCAUCUCGGCCGUCGGAUACGGGCUCUUGUCGACCCUUUCUCCUACGACGCCCACGGCUCGCUGGAUCGGCUACCAGAUCCUGUACGGCGUGGGCAGCGUGUUUGGGAACAGCAGCCCCUACAUGGCAGUGCAGAAUCUCGUCCCGUUGCACCAAGUGCCCCAGGCAAUGGCCAUCGUCUUGACUGUGCAGACUUUGGGCAGCUCCGUCUGGCUCAUAAUCGCCAACGUCAUCUUCAACAACAGCCUCCGCAGCCUGUUGCAGGAGAAGGCGUCCGCGAUCGGCCUGGCGCCCGACUUUGUCAUAUUCAGCGCGGGCGCCCGCGGCGUGCACAGCCUGGGCCUCUCGGGGGCGGCGCUGCAGGCGCUGCUGGAGUCGUAUGCCACGAGCGUGGAUCGCGUCAUGUAUCUGGGCGUGGGGCUGGCGGCGGGAGCGCUCCUCUGUUGCUGGGGCUUGGGUUGGCACAAUAUUCUCGAGAUCAAAGAGAAGGAAGCGUUGAGGGACAAGAGGGAGGCCGGUGCGGUUGGUGAGGGACAGGGCGAGGAUGAGGGUGCUGGGGAAAAAGUCACUGUCUAG